CCGUGCAGACCCCGAGGUUCUCCGCGAGCCAGCCCGUCGCCAAGAUAUCUCUCCUCUCUCGUCUCCAUCCAUCCCACUCCUCCCACCGCGCUCGUCGGCAUCGCCACUUCGCCGGCGAUGAGUCCUCCAAUCCCAAACCCCAUCCCGGCACGCAUGAGCCCUCCGAACCCCACCCCGCUGCUCCCCCUGCGGCCCAGCAACCCCUCCACCCUCCUCCCCCGCCACCGCCACCGCCCGCCCCCGCCCGCGGCCGCCAACACCACCGGCGCCGCCUCCCCGCAGGACUGGUUCCGCCCGCGCCGCCCGGCCGACUCCGACCCCUCCACCUCGGGCGGGCGCGUCGCGGCGCGCGACCCGGGCGUGCGCGCCAGGGCCAAGGACGGCGCCGACGAGCGCAAGGGGAGGUGGUGGGAGCGCUGGUCCGGGGACAGGGAGAGCUACCUCGUGGACGGCGUCGACGCGCUCCCCAUACCCCUCACCGUCCCGGGCACCGACCCCAUGUCGCGGGAGGAGCUCGACCGCCGCCUCACCUGCGACGUCAUGGUCGAUGAGUGCAAAACUGUUUCGUACGAGUGGACGGGCAAGUGCCGCAGCUGCCAGGGCUCGGGGCUCGUCACCUACUUUAGGAAGAAGGGCAAGGAGACCAUCUGCACCUGUGUCCCCUGCGCUGGAAUUGGACAUCCUCAGGACAUGCUAUUGAGGAAAUGUUCACCAUCAAGGCCCAUUUAAACUGCUGCCAGGACCAGUAAUAAUAUAGAAUCACUCACUCUUUUAUAAAACCAUUUGAUUUUCACAAUCGAGAAAUGUCGUAAAAUUUUUUCCAGUUACAAGCAGGCAUUUGUGAUGCUCAAUCUGCACAGUGCAAGCGCGAAGCUUCAUGGUUGCCCUGUCGUAGUAGACAUGCAUUUUGUGGGUACUAAAACACCAUAUAUGAGUAAAACGAAAGGAAGUGAAUUUAUAUGUGACAGAAUAAAUAAUCACAAGUUAAUGCUUCGAUUUUGCAUUGAGCUUUGCCAGCUUCAAAACUACCAUCGAGAUUGUGGUUUGGUUAGGGGACAUAUCUCAUUUAUAACUUCGCUCAAAAAGAUCCAUACAAGAGUGAUCUGUGGUUCAGAAGAGAAUUGCACGUGCCACAUCAGAAUGAAGUUGCACAAAAAAUACAAGAUGAAGUAAUUUCCCACUCACAUGUGUCACUAGAGCUUGCGGCGAACUCCCAUCCCCAUGUUUGAGGCCAGACAAGGACCCAAACAUCUCUGUUGCGGCCACGGUGAGAUGCGCCUUCCCCUGCAUCAUGUAAUAAUCAUCACGCCCCGGCCUCCGAGGCUCCAAGCGCCCAGGAGGUGAGCGCACCACCCCGCGAUUUCGCUCCUCCGGCCAGUCUAACCACAUCCUUUCCACCCCAGCACUCGAUAGCCUGCCUCCUUGCUAGCUCACCUUAAAAAUGAGCUAAGGUACGAUGCAAGCAUAACACAGGACACAGACCUCCUGCGAUUUUUUGAACAGCUCACCUUAAUGGCUGCUCGAAGGUAAGGCCAAUGUGUAAGAAAUGAAAAGGCAGUUGAGAGAAUUUCAGUAGUGGAAAAGGAGAAAGAGAAAGAAGUGGAUAUGGGAAUGAGGUUUGUUCACCUAGGAGGACAGGAGGAAUCCUCAGCUGUGCUCCCUUGCGAGCCGUCCAUCAAAGGUACCUCCCUCUUCCAUCCCCCUUUUUUUCCACGAAGAAGUACUAUUUCACACUUCCUCUUUCCUGCCUGCGCCUGCUUUCCCAUUGCCGCACCUUCCUGGUUUCUCUCAGCCAAACCAAGGAAUGAGAGAAACUAUCGUCCGGAGUUAGAGAACCGCACAUUUGAAGCUGGGCUAUGAGAGAAACUUGCUUUUGACAUUUUCUUGCCGGUAGGAUAUCCUCAGGACAUGCCAUUAAGGAACUGUUCUCCAUCAAAGCCCAUUUAAACUGCUGUCUGUACUAGUAUAAAUUGGGAGUAUGAAUUUGUGAGUAACUGGAACUUUGAUAAGAAAAUGAGUCCCUGCUCCUCGAAGUCUAAGUCAGUACUCUUACCCACUCACACGGAAGUCGACACUUUCCCGUGGUUGAGUCCAUGCAAAUUAUCACAGUGCAUCCUUCCCCACCAAGGCAAUGAACUAGCGUGUGCUUCUGUGCAGGUUUGAUUAAAUUGUUUCACGGAAACCUGAUUCUCUGAAUCCGACCAAAACAGUGGGAGUGGAAGUUAUGGUCUAUAUGCCAUAGCUACAGG